AUGGCGCCGAUCCUUGGGUCGGUGCCGCAAGUUUUACGGUAAAAAUCUUUCACUUUACGUUCGCAUUAUUUAAGUUGUUAUAUUUUCAAAGAAUUUUUAUUUAUGUUUGAUCCUUUUCUAUUGUAAAUAUAUUCAACAGGCAAGCAGAAACGUUGAAAGCCGCUUUAAAGAGUAAGUUGUUUGUUUAAGUCAAUAGUACAAAUUUAAGCUUAGUUGUUUCUUGUAUGUUAUAUUCUGUUUUGCCUUUUUUAAGAAACGUAAAAUAAGGCCACGGUAUCUUAACUGCUUGUUUCUUUUGGUUGAAGCCGUUUUUUGAUGGCAUUGAAAAGAUCUUAAACUCUGGCGCUGUAAAUUUAUGCAACGCUAACCUUACAAUCUUGUAUAACCGGUUAAUAUUAAUAAUCUGCUUUAUUUUGUUUCUAUGCGUCUACUUCUCACCUUCAAAAAAUAGGAUGUGACAUUUAAGUGCACCCUUUUGCUAUAAACGGGAAACCAAAACACUCAGUUGCUUCUGAACCAUGUUUCUGGCACAUAGAUCUUCAAACUUCAGUGAUGAGAUAACCGUUUGAUUUGUUGUCUGUGACUAUCUAUUAUAGACCUGGGCCCAGUUGUUCUAAAGGUGGAUAGCGCUAUCCACUGGAUAAAUUACUAUCCGUGGAUAACGCAAUUAGUUUUCGUAAUACUUAUCAAUCGGAUAGUGGUUUAUCCGGUGGAUAGCGCUAUCCAACUUUUGGACAACCAGGACCUGGUGAUACAAAAAUGCAGCUAAAGAAAUAACAUCAGUUUUACUUCUAGUUAAUCUUUGGUACAAAUUUGUGUCAGCUCAAGUUUCCUCCAAAGUGUCGACUCUCCUACAUCUUCAGUUUUUGCAGCCUUGAGAAAACCUGGAUGAGAUCAACCCCCGUAACCCAGGGUGGCGUAGGGGGAGUUGUGGUCGUUUCGCCUGAAGAUGAUUCGCCCAACGGUGUUUGCCAGGACAUCAGUCUAUUCACCCUAUGAUACGCAACACUCUACAACAUGGUGAACAUACCUUUCAAGAGGUUAUUUUAGUUACCCUUGGAUUCCACAUAUGCAGUCACUGUCUUUCCAUGGUUAUUCCCUUUUUUCAGGCUUAAAUAAUGACAAAUGCCCUUUGGGUGAAUUGACUUAGUCUGGGCAAACUGCUGUUGGGUGAACCGUCCUUUGGGUGAAAUGACCUGAUACACCAACAAGUAACUGGGGUUUUCUGUGAUGUGUGAUGGGUCCCAAAUUAUUAGCAUGCAUGAUGUGUGAUCGCGUGGAGAUUAGCCGUGUGAGGCGUGAUUGGGCAUAGCUGGGUGGUGUGUGAUUUACUAUUUUCACAACGCGACAUGUCCUUUUCCUUUUAGAUAUCUGUGUUUGGUGAAUAUCAUUUGAAACUAGAACCACAGACAUCUAACACAGAUAUUCAUGACAUCAUUUUCUGGUCUUUCUUCUUGUUCCUUGAUCUCUAAUCUUCUGUCAAAAUUGUAUUUAUGACCUCUGUUCUCAGAUCAGUAAGUACUGAUUAAUAUGGUUAAUGUUUGAAUAACACAUGAUUUCAGAGAACCCAUAAUUAAUUGUUAACAUGCGAUCCUACCCAAAAAGGAUGUUGAAAACAAUUUAUUAGAGCUGAUUAAUUCAAUGGGUUAAGAUACUGCCAUGUAAACUCACUGCAAGUGCACCUCAUUAAUAUGAUGGGUGAUGGCUAAUUUUUUUCCCCUAUGCUUGAUAGAUGCCCCCCGUUGCCACCCUGAUAACCCUUGGAUCCCUAAUGAACUGUGAUUCAGCAAGUACACCUGUAACAGGGGCUGAGUUAUCAACAAUUUGUUGAUGCCCUGGAAAUUAUGUUCAUGAUAUACCCUGUGAAAGCUGUAACCAAAGUACAGAGUGCUGGAACCAGCUUUCCAGGCACAUUUUAAGAACAAGGAAUACAUAUUAGGCUUUUGUACAUUAUGCUAGCAUUUUUUCGAGCAUUUUAGUGAGGCAAAAGCAUUGAGCAUUAUUCGAGCAUUUUAGUGGCAUUUUCCCUGGAAAAUUAAUUUUUCCGAGAAAAUAAAAUAGAAAUUAACUUCUUUCAGGAGCCCAUGCCCCACAAGCUCCUGCGUUUUUAAAGAAAAUGAAGACUAAAACUCAAAAUUCACAAAAAACCUAAUACAGCUGUUUUUUUGGCUGUAUUUAUGAACUGGUACACAUUUUCGUUGUUACUUGCAGCACUUGCACGUUUUUGUAUUAAAGUGUAAACUUUGAAAUUAAUUUAAAAAACCGUUUGUUUUAUGGGCAUUAUCCAAGCAUUUUAGUGACUUUUUUUGGGGAGACCGAGCAUUUUAGUGGGAAAAAUGGAGCAUUAAGGUGGAGCAUUUUAGUGGGGAAGCAAAAGCAUAAUGUACAAAAGCCUAAUACAUAUACAUGAACAACUCUGCCAGAUUUUCUGGAAGUAUCCUGGAUACUGAACCAAUCUCCCAUUUUACUGUAUAUGGGUCCCUGAAUCUCCUGGAUAAUAUAGACUUUUGAGCUUUUAUGUACUUUAGUUUGGAAUUUAGCCCAUUUUUUCUUUUUUUUGGUUCUUGGUAUGGUUUUGUCUUAUGUGCCUGAUUUUACGAAAAGUUUAGUGAUCAAAAUGUCAAUAAGUGGGUGGCCAGGUUUAUUAAAAUCAUUCUGUUGUCUUUAAUGUUCCUCCUAGGUAAUGUUAAUGAUUUUACUGUUGGUAGUGAAGGAUGGCAAUCAAGACAAAGGUGAGAGCUAUUUACUUUUUGUCGAAUAACAAUGUUAGCAUUGGUGCACAAUGUAUAGCAGGGUUGUCAAAAGUAGCCGGCUGGCAGUGAAAAUUGCCUCCUACUUGGUUAGUAUCGGCCGGCUACUCUUCUUGGCAUUUCUUUACGGGUGUUGUUUUUUAAAUAAAAUAUCCCUGGACUGGCCGUUUACUUUGACAACUCAGCCGUCUACUUCAAAACUUUCUGACAUCCCUGUGUAUAGCUUAUUCAACAAAGGAUUCUUCGGGCAUUGGGAAUUGGGCAUUGGAAAGCCAUUGUUCAGUAGUCGCUCAAGCAAAUCAUGUGCAUUGAGUGCCGUAUGUACAAAUGCCCAAUGGCCAAUUACCAAUUCCCAAAGGCUAUUAAAGCAACCUUUAUUGAAUCAGCUAUAUGUUGUAUGGAGUGUGACCAAUACAGGCUCAAAUCUAGGAUAAAUACUGAGAGAAGCCAAUUUCCUCAAUUAGCACCAAAGGUGUAGGCCUAUACGGAGGUCCAGGGGCAUGCUUCAUUGGGAAUUUUUUGGAUUUUAACUCCUAAAGUGCCCUUUUCCUGGGUUUCUGAGUUAUUUAUUUUCCAGGAGAGCGGCAUUUCUCUGUGCUCUGUUGACUUGAUUUUUUAAAAAUAUAUUAUUUUUUUUUAGCAUAAGCUUUAAAGCUUGCCGUUAAAAAAAUUCCUCGAUCAUCUCAUAGUUUCUGUCUUGAAGAGACAAAGGUGACAAAACCUAUCUAAUUGCAGCAGGAGUCAGAUAUGUUGUUUGUAGCCAAUCAGUACGUGGUUCAGAAAGGGUCUUUAGUUUUUUGACCAAUCAGACAAAAGUCCAGAUUCUGGACUACAGGUAAGCGAGGUAUAAAUAGUAAAUGUAUCAGGUGUCCUUUUCCUCUUGUCUCCCAAACAAAAAAGGAAGAAGGACCCCUGAUCGAAGAUUACGUUUCAGACUCAUUGGCCCGCUGGGCAAUGGUCCACCCAGGUCAUCUUCUAGUAAAUCAUACAUUGAGACAAGCACAAAACUACAGCGUACCAGGGAUGUAGCUAUGCCCGUGUAUACAUGUAUCUUGGGCAAGCAAAUGUUGAAGCUACUUGUCCAAAAGGAAAGUUUGAAAUAUUCAGGUUUUUUGUAAAUUCAUGCAAUGAAUUAAAUUUUUUCAAUUUCAGAUUACAAGACUUGUACAAGAGCAUCCUUUUAACAGACCUAGAGUCUGCAUUGGACCAGAAGGUUGAACAAGACCUGUGAGUUUUUUUUCAUUACUGUUUUAAAAUGAUAUUACAAAAGUUAGGUGCUUAAUGUACAUGUUGUAAUUUAUUUAUCCCUUGUCUCUUUAAUUUAUCCUUGCCUUUAAUUCCUUUAAAAAAAACCCAACCUUUAAACCUUUUUUUUUUAAUAUUAAAUUGUUGACCCUCCCCCCCCCCCCCCAUAUAUGUAGCGGUUAGAAAAUAGGCGAAAACAUACCACGCCAACUCGAUCUCAACAACAACUAGAACUCUGUUUAAUCUCUCCCAACACGUGACCUAUGCUUUCCAUAAAUGGUAAUAUGACAUAAUGGUGUAAGGAAAAACGGCUACAUUCCUUCCCUUCUAACAGGAGCGAGGAAAUGUACAAUUAAAAUCAAAAGCUUAAGGUCCUAAAACUAGAUUACACUUAUUUUGAGCAUCUAAAACCGCGAUUAAGUUCGAGUGUAGUUUAGUCUCUAAACGUGCAACGACCUAACACUAACAAAUAACUUUGUCACUGCUUCGUCCAUGUCUCUAACAGACAACAAUUGCUCCAGAGUGUCUCGCGCUGUAAUAAUUUGCCUAAGCUCAACGUGAUCAAAGUCUGGGCUAUAGUCCAUCAAGCGCUUGUCCUUGUCCACAGGGACAGAUUUCCUUGACAAAUCAUGGUUGUAGACAGGUUUCCAAAUGCGAGAUUUCGCAAGUCUUGUGCGACGCCCAGUAGGAGCAUAGGUGUGAACUACAACCGUGUCUUGGACUUCACCGGCUUCCACAAUUUCUCCAACCAGGAUCCCUUGAUCGGUGUGAGACCGUCGAUACGCAGCUCGAUCUAAGACUAGAUAAUAAGCUCCUCCAGAGGGAUCUCCUUCGAGGGAUAAGUAUGGGCAAUGUGCUGUGAGACCGCGCAUCCUUCCAAGUUUGGCAAGAAUUUGCUUGGCUGCUGGGUAGACAGAGUACAGAUGCUUGCAAGCUUCGCUAACUGGAGCCUUUCCUAGGGGUUCAAGAUACUGGGCCAGUUUGAGUGAGAUCCCCUCGUCUGCUUGAUUGUUCCUCUUGGGAAGGUAUAUAAUGAAUUGGCCAGGUUUGUAUUGUUCCUCUCUCUCCCUUGAUUGAACAGGAAGAGAUGUUCCUUUUGCGCAGGACUCUCUUAGUUCGCCAGGCUCGGCUUCUGGAACUGGUAUCAGCUUCUCGACGUUAGUAGGAGGUAAUUCUUCAUUGGUAAUGCGUGUCUUAGACGAUAAAGAUCACUAUUCUUCAAACGCUCGCUGACGAUAUAAGGUCCGGCGUAUCUUCGGAUGAGUUUAGUAGCUGAUCCUUUUUCUACGUUUGAAGGAGGUGGUUUCCUGACUAGGACCUGCUGUCCGACAGAAAAUUCUCUAACGUUAGCAGACAAAUCGUAAUAAUCUCGUUGCCUUCCCCAUCCCUCUCCAAUAGAAAUCUCUAGCGAGGGCAUGGAGAUAAACUCAAACAAUCCACAGUGGGUGACUACGGCUGUUUUUUCACGGUCUUUCUCUCUGACGGGAACUUGCCAAUAACCAUUAGCGAGGUCUAAUUUUGCAAAGGAUUUCCCACCACCAAGCCAGUCGAGGAUGUCUAUGACUUGAGGAAGUGGAAAUCCAUCACUCUUGGUGACUGAGUUAAGUGCGCGAUAAUCGACCACAAAGCGAGGAGGCUGGGGUUUGCCGUGUAAGUCCUUACGACGGACAAGAAUUGCUGGAGCACCCCAAGGAGACUUAGAAGGUCGAAUAAUGUCCUGUUUUAGCAUGGCAGUGAUUUGAUCACGCACUGCUUGAAGUUCUGACGGUGACAUCCUGUAUGGUGGCUUGUAGCAAGGCGGUGCAUUCUCAGUGUUAAUGUGGUGCUCAGUUCCAUGGAUACGCCUAAGUGGUGCACCAGGUAAUAGAAAUGCAUGAGGGUACUUCCGAAGUAAAGUGUCAAACUGAUUGAGGACUGCAGGGUGCACGUGACUAUAUUCAUCAGUAUCUAGGCGCAGCUCUUUUCGCAGUUUCUGAUGAUAUUCUUCUGAAAAUGGAUCAAGUUCAACAACAGAAGUAGGAGGAACGUCUCGAUCAUCCAUGUCAUCAGGCUGAUUGAAAGGAUGAAGUAAACGGGAGCUUUGAACAAGGCCGGCUGUAAUCAUUUCCUGAUUGGCCUGCUUAGGGCAGUGUGGUUGUACUGGGUCUCUUUUACUAAACCGGGUAGGUGAAGGGGUCUUCAAGAGAGGAGAUGCAUCAACAGGAGACUGACAGAAGAGCGAGUCAUAGGCAUCAAGUGAUGAAGAAAGGAUGUCAGCUGUGUGGUGUAGUGCAUCCUGGAAAUCAGCUUUGCUUUGAGCGGUACAAGGUGACAGAUAACCAAAGGUGGAAUGAUCAACAUGAGCGCUCUUCUUUGUACAUUGCACAAGAACAUUCAUAGCUCUGAGUUGCUGAAAAUCAGGAAGAUCGCCCUCGGAGGUGCCUGUGUCAGAAGGGAAGUCCAUGACAGUUCGUACUGCGGAUGCACUGAAGAUGCCAUCGAGGACUCUGACACCAGGUUCGAGUUCAUGACCAGUUAGCCAUAAGUCGUUUCCUAGCAACCCGAUGGAUGCUGCACUGAAGGUGAGAUAAACUGUGAGUAGGUUUAGACCGCGGUAAACGGUGGUCUUGGUGGGUGCAGAGUGGCUACUUGGUUUUCCAGUAAGAAGGCAGGUAACUGCAGCAUGGGGUUCCUGUGAGACAGGUGCUUUAUCACAUGAAAUAGUAAAAUUCAUAGCAGGGUGACGGAAUGUCACAGUUUUUUCUCUGUGGUCAGACAAAGCGCGAGUAGCUGCUAAGUGAUUUUCACCAAACAAGAGUGACCAAGACAUAUUGGGCACGACAAGAGCGACAUGAACAGUCUCCUUGUUUGGAAGCCAGGCAAUUGGGACUUCUUGGACACCAACAGCAUUCAGAGAGGCACUAGUGUCAGCCAUUUGUACUGGAAUGGGCUUUUCAAGUUUCUUGUACUUCAAUUCAGGUCUUGCGGAGUGGAUGUGCUGUGCAUGAUCCAGGCUACACAGUGUAACAGAACAACAGGAAUCAAGUGGGAGCUGAAGGACUUUACCAGCUGAGGUGACUUGACAUGACAAAAUAGAAUGAUUCAGGUUAACAGACAGUUCACUUGAAGAAUGUGGUAAGGUCGGCAUCAGAAAUAGCGGAGGGUUGGAAGACUGAGACUGAACACCAGAGGAAGGUGGUUGAGAAGUGCGUGGUCCCAGUUGGGUUGCCUGUGCUGGUUGAACUUCGCAGGAGUUUGCAACAGGUGGACGAGUGUUUGCAUGAUUAAUAUCCUUGCAACCUAGCUUGGAACAAGUGUUACAGUUGUGAAGACGGCCAUAUCUACAUGAUUGGUCUGGUAAAACGCAGGGAGGUCGUUGAUGUUUGUUCCAUAAACGGCAAACUUCGUUACUUCUUUGAGGAUUCGUAGAAUUGUGGUUUUUCUGUGUUUUUUCGGGGCAGUUGCCUUUGGUGUGGCCAUAGGAAUUGCAGUUAUAACAGCGGGGUCCUUUGCCGCAACCACGAGGAAAACCAGGAGCUGGAUUAGUGGCAAGAGCGUUAGUUUGUUCCGGCGGUUGUUUAUUGGGUUGACUGUGCGAAGGACUGAAUGAAUGCUCGAUUCGUUUUGCGGCUUCGAUGAUCUCAGAAAGAUCUUUGUAUUCUUCUGCUUUAAGCACCAAAUGUUUUUGAAUGUCUGGUUUCGUUUUGGAGAUAAACUGUGACAUGAUGAACUGAGGCGAGUUUCGGUCUACGGGUUCGCCCAAUUUAGCGAGGCGAUGAAGGUUGUUUUUGAAGCGAAAUGCGAAGCGAUCGAUCGAUUCUGUAACUCGCUGUUUCAUCGUAGAAAACUCAGACGCCAGACGAUGGCGUUGUACUUCUGGUGGUUCGGCAAAUGUUGAUUUUAAAGCUUGUUUAAAACUGUCCAACUUUUGGAGAGGAGUUGUUUCAUCUGUAAACUUAGUCUUUUCCAUUGACAACAUGGAAUUUGGCCAUUCGCCAACGCAUGCUUGUUGUAGCAAGGUGAGCUUAGUUGCAGCUUGCAAAUGGGUCGUUUGAACAUCAAAAGAUUCGAGGAAUUCGUUAACGUCGUCGUGAGUGUUCUGGUCAUAACGAAAUUGCGGGAGUUGAAGAGCAGGCAUUCGUAAAGGCGUGGAAUUUACUUGGGCUGUAGCCGGAGCUGUGGGAGGUCCGCCAUGUGCGAGCAAUGCUUCAGUGAGGUUAGCGAUUUGAGUGUUUGUUGCCUUCUGUGCUUCCGCCUGCUGCUUGACAAUUGCCGUAAGGCCUGCCACGAUGCCUUGUAAUAUUCUUCUAUGGUGGUCAUUUCGGGAUUUUAGGUUCUCCACCAGAUUUGUAGCGGUUAGAAAAUAGGCGAAAACAUACCACACCAACUCGAUCUCAACAACAACUAGAACUCUGUUUAAUCUCUGACAACACGUGACCUACGCUUUCCAUAAAUGGUAAUAUGACAUAAUGGUGUAAGGAAAAACGGCUACAUAUAUGUUUGUUUCAGAUUGCAUAUCUAAACAAAUAUUAUCUACUGGUAGAUAACCUAAAUCUUAAUUCAAAGAAAAUGUUGCAAUUGGGGAUUAAUCUUUUUUAUCUGUGUUUUUUUCAGGUGGAAUAGUGCUUUCAAAAGCCAAGUGGAUUUUCUAAGACAGCAGGCCAAAGAGCGAAAGGUGAACAGUCAAUAAAAGGUUUUACAUGUACUGUGCUAUACACUCCUGAUUAAAUGGUUAACAAUUUGGAUUCUCAAAAAUCCCUUGGUAAAUUUGAAAGAGUGAAUUGAAUUAUGAGAGAAAUGGUUAGAUUUUGCCCAUUCAGGUAGUCAGGAAACAGGUUAUAAUUUGCUGCCCAGUUUGAUAUACCGUAAAAUUCCGAAAAUAAGCCCCGGGGCUUAUAUUUUUCAAAGGCCCUUUUUGAGGGGCUUAUUUUUGGAGGGGCUUAUCUACAGAGGGAAAUUUGUGUUUCAAAAUCGAUUGGGCUAGCCCUAUGGUUGGAGGUAAAAAUUGUUUUACUUUGUAUUUAAAUUGUUUUACUUUGUAUUUGAGGGCAAUUUUCCAAGCACAAGCCCCCCGGGGGCUUAUAUUUGGAGGGGUGAUUUAACGGAGGGUUUUUUUGCGUUACCGGUUUGGGGGGCUUAUAUUUGAAGGGGCUUAUUUUUGGAACUUUACGGUAUAUGCCUUAUGCACAUUUUUAGUCCUAAACUGAGAGAAAAAUGGGUUUUGAUAUUUGUAAUGUUUGCUUGAAUAUAAUAACAUUUGCAUGUGAAAAAGCUCUAUUCAGGCCCAAAUGAUUAAAAUAUUUGCUACUUAGUUUGAUUUGUAUCCUUUUUUCCAGAUGGGGUUUAAGAAGGUGGGUUAUACAGCAAACUAAUAAAUUGUUAAAUAUAAAAUUAAUGUUAUAUCUUUAAUAUAUAACUUGUCCGGUAGGGCUCAAAAAAGGGGGAAGUCCAAGCCAUUUUGACCUUGUUUCUUGAGGCUGCCAGUGGUUUCUAUAUCCAGGUAUGUGCUCCAUUUCUCUUUAAGCUACUGUAAAACAGGCAAGAAAACCUUUCAACUUGUUUUACACUGCAAAACAAGUUGCAAAGCUAUGUUGUGCACUUUGACACCCACAUUCAAAUGUGUCUUGCAGCAAAUCAAGUUUUUGCAAGUUGUGUGAAUACUGACUUUUGACUGCAUAAAAUUAUGUGAGUGUCACACCAUACAUGGAAUUUAUGUCACUUGCUGCAACACAAGUUAACUUUGGUCUCGAAAAUGCACAACAUGUACUGCAGAUUUUGUUGCAAAGAGGAGUUGUCCUUAUUACCAUAUCUUUACUGAGGACCUCUGAUAUUACACAAUGGUGUGAUUUCACAUUUUUUCUCACAUUGUAUCUAGAUGCAUAAUCAAUGAAAAAUCUCCUAAAAUAUCAUAAGUUACAUAACCUGGACAAAGACAAAUAAGUGCUAAUUCAAGGGUAUAUUAAUUUUAAUCCUUUAAGCUCCAGUAUCAAAAUUCAUGUUCUCCACACUGUUCUUCAUAUAUUUCUUAUGUUACUACUUGAGAGAAUUUGCUCAAACAUUUCAAGAUAUUUCAUCUUUGGUGACUAGUACAGGGCUCACAAUAAUGGGUGGACAACAGACAAUGUCCGGUUAAGAAGACAGUUAUAAAUUCGGAGAAUACAGAUGAGACCGUCUUGUUCUGCAACUUUGUGAAUGCCAAUUAGGGGUUUGCUAGUUUGCAACAUUUUGACAGGUCAGAAAUAAACCAUGCCCGACCUUAAAACUUGUUUGGGAGAAUUUGGAUGCUGGUCACUAUAAUGGGGCUUAAUGGGUUGAGGUAACUUAAUUUGGAAAGGUGUCGAACCACUGAAGCUUUCAAUGAUGUUGCGAAUCUUAUAGGCAUUAAACAUUUUAUGCCAAAUCUACACUAGAGAAAGUGUAUAAUUUGCUGUAUAAAAGCCUUUUUUGCCAGAUAGUGUGUCUUUCUGGAAAUUUUGCACAGUUUCCUAAUUAUUUCCUCUCUAUCAGAUGGUCUUUUUACUUAAAAAUGGCACUGAUCAGUGAAAACCAUCUAACCACACGUUAAUGUUUGAUAUAAAAGAAGGUGGCAUUAAUUUGGAGAAACCAAUUCAUGGUCAUGUUGAUCACUCCAGAAGAAAUAUUUUGGCAGUCGGAGACAUAAGGGCUCUUAAAAGAAUACUUAUAGAAGGUGUGUCAGUUUAUAUUCACCUUGUUAUGGUUUUAGUAGGUAAAAGUAUUUUAUUAUCUUGACUAGCUUUUGCAGGAGCUGUGUUUGACAUACAGGCUAGACAUUCCUGGUCAUGUGAGAUCCUCACAGUUAGGCAUUCUUGAAGGUUGGUGAUAUUCUGUACAAAAAGACUAAUCUAAACAGUUUUAACUCAGGUAUGAAGUAUUAAAUUUCUUUUACCUAGACCAUACACUAGGCCCGAGUUGUUCAGUGAUAUCUGCUGGAGAAAUCACUAUCCAGCAGAUAAGUGUUAGGGAGACCAGUUGCACUAUCCAGUGGAUAGUGAUUCAGCUAAUAGCGUUAUCCACCUUUUGAACAUCUUGAAAAAAUUGUAAUAUGUUUUUUUGUAGUUUGUAAUUUGUUUAUGUAUGGAAUGACAAAUGAGUAGACAACCCGCAUGAGGUUGGUACCUGGUGGUGUAAACGUUAAUUUGAAGGCUAGCUUAGCCAGCACAUAAAAUUAUCCUCAGAAAGCCUUUGUACAGGUACCCCAGGGCUGUCACUAAGAGGCGGUGGCCGGGGAUUUCCCCCGGCUACUAUGAACGUCUUCCCUGGCUACUUUAAAAGGAAAAUAAAAGGAAAAUAGAACCAAAAGAAGUUCCUAGCUGUUUGAUUCCCGCCUACUGGUUGUAUUUACCCACCAACUUGAAAUGUUAGUGACAACCCUGUAACCCCCCUCCCCACCCCAGCGAUGAUAAAUUGUCACACAAAAAAGAACGCCAUUAACUCAAUAAAGAUGGAAGGCAAACCUUGAUUCAGUAUCAGUAUAAGGAAUUUAAUAGCAGAAUGCUCAGUGUUAUGUAGAUCAUAAUAACAUGUCACUAUCAUAGCUAGCUACGUAGCAGACCUCAUACUGAUAACUGUUUAGCGUCUGUUACAAGUGUUUAUAAUAUUUUUUGGGACAUCCUACAGUGUGCAGUCAACUCUUGCCUUGCAGACUCCCCACUAUAACGGUAUAACCCCGAUAACUUAUAAUGUUCAGGUAAAUCCCAGGUGAAAAUAAAUUAUGGAUGUUUGAGUGAAAUAAACUUCCUCUGUCAUGGACUCUUGCUAAAGAGGACACUAACUCAAGGCCCCUACAGUGUCCACUAUAAAUGGAGUUGACUGUAUGUGUAGGCAGCAAAGGUUAACACUCACUGCAAAAAUUGUACAUAACUGUAAUGUACAUGUAAAUUAGCAAAACUUACAGUAGCAAUCUGUAAUGUUGUUCUAUAUUUAGAAAUUAAUGGCAACACCAAUCUAGCCAAGAGGCCACACACUCAAUCUUGUUAUUACAUCUGCCAAGACUGUCUGGUGCACCUGGGGGAUAUUGGUAAGCCUAUUAUAAAGUGUACACUAUUAUUUAUAGUAUUAUUGUUAUACAUUGUACUCACUAUCUGUCUUCUCAUUGGCUAAGAGCCUAUACACUUAUUUUUGGAAAUUCUAUCAUGCAACCUACAUAAAUCUGCUGGCAGAUUCUGUAACUAACUAAUCUGUAGGUUGUGUGCACAUGAUUUGUUCAUGAUUUCCAAGAAACGUGUCUGUUCUUUAUGGAAAAUAUUGUAAACUGUGUUCCAUGUGAUGGUAUAUGUUUGUCGUUAUUUUCUUCGAAACAAUGUAUAAUAAAACAAUAUUAUUAAAUUUGGUUUUGUGGUAUCCGGAAUAAUCAAUGUCUUGGUAGGUGUUAUCACACUUGGCAUACAGCCUUGGGAAAUAACACUUACCUCACCCUUGGUCAUUGCAGAUAUCACAAAAAUCUCAUCCAAUAAUUGUUUACAAAUUGAAAAUAUGAUCGUAACCAGAAUUUGUUUGUGGCACAGCCCUGUAAAAAUUGUGAACCUGGGAAGUUUAAUAAGGAUCCUGGCAUGGUCAGCUGAUCACUGCACACGCAUUCACAGGGUACCCAUUGAACAUACAAUAAUAUUGCACAGGCACAAGUUAAGUGAAGUAUGCGUUGUAUGACUGUCCUUUCCCAGGUUUAAUCUAGCUUUGAACCAAGUUUGAAUCAGAAUUUCUUUUGUUUCCUGGUUCUGAUUAUUCACAGGAGACAAGGAACAUGGUGGUUUAACCUGAGGAUGGUUCCUCCCCACAACUUAUCCACGAUAACCUUGUAAACUCUCACUACACCUGUCUAAUAAAUUAUUUAUUUUGCUAUCAAUAUAGACUGUUAUGUAGUGGGAAAUAGGUGCACUUUCUCUCAGUUAAUCUAAUUGUAAAAAUCAUAUUUAAUCAAAUUAUGUUUUGCUUUUCUAAAGUAAGACGUGGCAAAAUUAAUAAUACCAUAGUUUCUAAUGAGUAAUUUGAAAAAAUGUACGAAGUUUAGUAAUACCCCACCAAAACACUGUAUAAGUGGCGCUCUUUUUCGCUUUCUUUUUGACAACAAUUUUACCACCUCAAGCAGCUUUUAGGGACUUAGUAAAGGUGAUGAUUGUGAUAAUGAUGAUGAUGAUGAUGAUGACAUGAUGAUUAUAACGAGUUAAGAAUGAGAAAGAGCACUGAGUAUGACAUUUUUUUGUAUUGUAGCUCGAUAUUGUGAUGACCAGGACCAAGCUGAAGUGUUUUACCAUCAUGCCCUUGUUUUAGUUCCUUCAAAUGGUAUGAAUGCAUGAGGGAAAAAUGUUUUGUUCUCUUUGGCAAACACUGGUUUAUGGUAACCGUUUCUAUUAUAGACCUGCUUAAGCCUGAUAUCAAAGAAAUUAAGAUGAAAAAUGCUUGACACAUUGAAGACCAUGUGAGAUCUGACAGUACUAUAUUAACGACUUUAUUGAGUUCAAACCUUUCACAGUUUUAUUGAGUAUCUCAAGUAGAAGUUACCACUGUUCAGCAACAGAACAAACUUUGUUGUUGUUCUCCCAUAAUUAAUUUUUAUGCAGUGUUGGGAAACAGAUGGACAGAAGCCUGUGAAUCAUUUUAAAAGAGUCUAUAGUAGAUUUGUUAUACCCCCAUUAAAACAGUAUAUAAUACUUAACUUAAGGAAACAGUUAUGGGGGUGGGCACCUCUGUUAUUAAUUGGGAACUGAAACAUUCUUACAGAAUAACUGUACACAUAAAAAGUCACUAGGAUUUCCAUCAGGGGGAGUGUUCCGCUGAUAUUGUUCAUAACACUACUAUUUUGAUGAAGAGAAUUUUUUGAUUGGUAGGCUAGAGGAGGUAAAACCAAACAGGUUGCCCGUGAGCAAGCUCUCUACUCCAAGUAGCAAACGAAGAGAGAGAACAUGCCAGCGAACGGCAAAGCUAUCUAGCGUCUCUGCGCCCGUGCGUGACUUUUCACAAUAUCUAUGUAAUGGGAGAUUUCUUUCAGGCUACCAUAAAACCUUCUAUGGAUGGGUCAUCAUUAGUAACACAAUGCUGUUUGCCUUACAACAGGUCAGCCAUACAAUCAGUUGGCAAUUUUAGCAAGUGGAAAAGGGGAUGAGUUGGCAACAGUGUACUACUAUUGCAGAAGGUGUGUUGAAAUAAUAAUAAAGGGCACUGUAAAUUGCAAAACAUAUUGCAAAAAAUACAAAUUGUAACUUGCGUACACACGAAAACUAGCAACAAACUCAUCCCGCAUAUGGCGUUGACCCCGGGACUCGAACUCGGCCACACUGGUGGGAGGCGCAUGCUCUAAGCACUGCACCAUCCUUGCUCGCCACACUAUUUCUACCUCUCCUACUGGAGACGGGACCGCCAUUUUACAGGUUCAUCCAAGUCACACGAUGGUCUAGCCGUGCGCGAGGAAAAGGCAGUACCUUCAUUUUUCAGUCAUAAUAAGACUUAUUAAGUAUUUGUCCGUUCCCUGGAACCGGAUCCGAAGCACAUCGCUUUGCAGUCAAGCGUUCUACCACCGACCGAGCUAGGCCGGAGAAAAAUGUAAGACAAAGGAUGUAAGGGUGACCAGAAAAUUCCAUUGGAAAUGUUGUUCUUCCACGAAAACCUUUUACACUGAAAUGAAGUUUAGUAAAUGGCUAGCAUACGAAAAAUCGGGGGAAGAAAAGUGAAAGAAGCGGGGAGGAGAGAAAUUCGAAAUUUUGCCUUUUAUACAUACCUGAACCUUGAAAGCUGUAAUUUAGUGCUUGACAUGUCACAGACAGAGAGCCUAGAGCCUGACUUGUGAACAACGAUUUAGGCAGUUUUGGUUCUUUUUUAACGGGUAUUGACCAGAAAACAAUCGACUAGCUUAAAAGGGUGUUUUUCGACAAAAUUUCUAAGGGCGGCUGGGUUUGUGUAAAUUACUUUGUAUUGAGCUUUCCCUCUUGUUUUUGUUUUUACUAUUUUUCAUGUAUUAUUAGCAUUGCUGUUAAAAAUCCAUUCCCAGCUGCUUCAACCAACCUCCACAAAACACUCACCAAAGUCGUUUCCAGACAUAAUACAAGGUAUGAAGCAUGUUAAUUUUUACAAACACACGCGCCUACGAUAUUUUCGGUCCAUGGCCGUAUUCACAAUAGAGACGCUAGGUUUAUCCGUUGAAUAAUUCACGUCAGACAGAUAAAAAGUCUUAAUUUAAAAAUGGAACGGUCUUAAUUUUGGAUGGACAAUCCGCCUGACUUUAUCCAUCUGUUUUCCCGACAAUGUUGACCGAUUUUGAAGAUGGAUUAUCCGUCUGUAGUGUGAAAACGGCCAUUGCUUUCUACCGUCCACACUUGAAUAAGAUAUUUAUGCGUUUUUGUUUUGAUCCUCUUUCAAGAGCGUUUUCAUCGCUCAGCGUAUUAGUGUGGACGGAAGGCCGAAACGCAUCAAAAUGUAUGCGUUUUCAAACGAAAAUGCGCUGGUGCGGAUAAGACCAAGGUCGACUGCUUACGAACAAGUUUAAUCGUAUUUGCUCUUUUUUCUUCAUUUCGAUGAUGUUGAUAAUACCUCACCUGAAAAACAGCAGAAGUUAUUGACCGAAAAUGGUUUUUUUUUAUUCCAGGGACACAGCUUUAGAAAUAUCCAUGGCAGAGUUUGGCCACAUUUUUCUUCAGUUUCAUGGUCAUGUGUAUCUCGUGCAAGGUAUUUAUUAAGUUAUGUUAGUAUACAGAAGGGAAUGUCUCGAGAAUUAAACAUUUCAUCAGCUGUCGACUCACACCUGUCUCCGCUGAAAAUCGAAAUUGUGGUGUUUUAUUGAUCUAUUCAAGGGAGAAAGAAAUCGGCUUCAGCUGGAGGGAGGGUGUUAAGAUUACAGUGCUCUUAAAUAUUUAGGCUGCAUGCGAGCAGUGCUUUUCUUUAAACUCCCGCAUCAAUAAGCAUGUGAGCUUUUUGACAAAUAUACAGAUUAGUACAAAAAGGCUUUAUGGCUCGUGGCUUCAUGGGCUACCAGUGGUCCCUUAAUUUCCUCUCGGUGGUAAGAGGGCGAGCGAAAAAGGGCGCGAAGACAGGGGCCACGCAGAGGAAAGAGAAAAAAUAGUCUCUCUUAUUUUAUCCUAUUCCCUCUGCUUGACGCCUCUACUUUAAUAGGGUCCGGGUGGUGGUUUUUAUGCACGCUCGCGUAUGCCACUCUCACUUCUAACUCAGAGGAAAAUAAGAGGUCACUUGUAUUGUAGCCUCAAGCCUGCUAGCAACCUCUCCAUUUAUGAGCAAAGCGAGUCACGAGAGAACACUUCCUUUCGCGUGCUGCUCUCGCGUGACUUCUCGCGACUUCCCCAAAUGGAGAGCUUGCUCGCAGGCUAUAUAGCCGCUUGAUCUUUCCCGCUCGCAAAUUGAAUUUCCCCUUUUAAGGCCAUUAGGUAAAGAAAGCAAGUGCCCAUAGUUUUAACAUAUAAAUGUUCAUUUUUGCCCAACUCGGUUUUGGUAAAUACGUGUACGGAAAUGUUUUAAUUGUUUACUAUUUUUAAAUACAGAUCUUGAUCAAGCGAGAACUCUUAAAGACCGCAUAAUAACUGCAUUCAAAGUGAGUAUUUUUCGGUCACUAGUAAAAUUAGAUAAUUUUUGAUCACAGCCCGAAUAAGGAAAUCACAUUUCUUUACUAUCAGUUAAUUAAUUAAUGUACUUGUUUGGAUUAACUAGUGCAUAUUAAUUUUACUUCUGUUUUAACAGGGAAUUUUAAAGAAGAACAAAUUCACUUCGCAGUUGCUUAAUAAACUGGUAGCCAUCACUCUGUUUGUUCUGUGGAACAUACGGACAGGUGGAUCAGCGGAUGAUCUGGAGGAGUUUGAUUGUAUCGGCAAAGAUGAAGAGGUAAAUCAAUUAAUCACUGUUGGAAGGGAGAAAGAUAAUGUAUAAUCCUGUUCACAUGCAUCUGAUCAAGGUGUAAGGAUUGGCGCAGUUGGUUAAAAGGUAAAGCAGCCAUAUUUUACGUUGACAACUCGUAACCGCAAUUCAACUGAUAAACUUGAGGUCGACAGUGCGCUCAUUUUAGCCCCCUCUCUCCAUCAGUGCUCCGUUUUAAGGGUAUUAAAGCUAGUUAAAGCUACACAGACAAGAGAGAACUCGAAACAAAGAUAUGAUGUCACCGGGGAUCGAACUCGGGACCUCUCGCGCCGAAGGCCGCGUACUGACCAACUGUGCGCUUGGUGCACGGCCUUCAGUUUGGAGGUUUCUAGUUCGAUUCCAAGGGGUGACCUCAAAUCCCUUUUUCGACUUCUUUUUUCCGUGUAGCUUUUUUUUAAAUUCCUGUAAAACGGAGUACUAAUCUAGAGGAUGGGGGGUGGGGAGGGGCGAGUAGAAUGAGGGCAGCGUCCAUCUCAGGUUUGUCAGCCAAAGGAUGACUUUUAACGGUUAGCAACGUAAAAUCAGGUGCUUUACGUUUACCAUAUAAGACCUUAUCGCAGAUCAGAUACCUGCAUCAUUAGCUUGUGACGUUGUGCUGAAACAGGGGAAUCGGCUCCUGGCUAAAAGACCUCUCUUUUUUUCUCCAAUGAACUAUCUAUCCAAUUCGAAGGGGACAUGUAUAUGACCCACCAUACUGUUCACAUCCCACACUAUGUUCAGCCUGUCAUGUGUUGUUUGGGGUAUGGACUGCUAUGGGUGCAAAGUAACUUGCCCAAACGGUUGCAGUACAGGUACAUGCAAAUAUGAUAAAAACAAAAACAAAAAAUGAUACUAUUCCCUGGGUUGGACAACCUGACUAAUGUUUGGCCAACGUCUUCUUUGUGUAAUUCUCAAUUGUGUCUAAAUGUUUAUCUUAAUACAGGAAUGCUGGCAGCUGACUCUAGAGUUUACAGGUGUGCUCUUGUUGAAUGGAUUUUUUUAAAAGGGUUGAAAACUUAACAUUACUAGAGGGAGCUUAUGCAAAUACAUUUUUAAGCGACACACGUCUACUGGAAAUAAGGCUCUUUCCCUUUAGUGCCCGCGUUCGCCUCGCUUGGCUCGCAAAGCGCCUGUUAUGCAGCUUUGCCCUAGGUAAGCGCCUUGACCGUUUCUUAGGAAAGUUAGGAGGGUUGUUAUUGUUAAAAUUAGAGCAAUCCACGAAAGGAAAGAAACACAUCAAUUGAUAUCUGCACGUGUCCAGCCAAUUGCCUUUUGUGCCAAUGGAGUGGCAAACUAGGCUGUUUCUUCCCGAGUGUUGCAGUCGGCUUUCUCUCUUGAAAUCAGUCGAGCUCUUAUUCCGGCGAGCACGUUUUCAAAACAACGAAGUACAAAAUAGAUGGGAUUGGGGCGAGACAAGGAAAGAUUUUCGGGGGCUUAGGCUCUUGUUUUUCGCAGCUUACAACUUCGCCUCUCCCGUGUAUCAUUACUCGCAGUCCAAGUACUUCAGUUCACAUAUCCCUGUCUUGGCUUUUUUUUAAAGUGGAGUUAUUCGAUGCACUUGUGUUGCAUGCUUGUGAGACUGGACCACCUGCUUCAAGUACUGAGCAGCAGCAAUCUAUAGCAGAAAGCUGUGAUGUGCUCCCUUCUGUGAAUCUCUUGUGUCAGUGGAUGGCCGGUUCAUCACCAAACAUCUGGAAUGGAGACAUUCUCAAAAGAACAAAGUGAGCAUAUCUAUUAUAUAGAUUUAGCCAAGGCUAAAAGCGAAGCGUCCAUUUGUGUACUUUUAAUUACUGAAAACCAAGCGAGGAGGGGAGGAGGCUAGUUUGUUCGUGGAGUGUGACAAAAGCGUGACCAGGCAAAAAGCAGAGCUUUAGAAAUGUAUUUGAGAAUUUCGCCGUAAGUCGAACACAAGAAGCUUAAAUCUAAGCUUUUUCUCGAGCAACUCCGUUGGUGGCCCCUAGAAGAGUUAAUUUUGCGCCAAAAACGAAACGCAACGUACAUGUCUGGGACUCCCUUCCCUACCCUACUGAUUUUUUUACCCCUACUCCCAGAGUCUAUACGGGCGGGCUUUCCUACACUGACGUCGUAGUCAAUAGGUUCCAUGUUCUAUGGGUAUGGGGCUCCGCUGCGAUUAUUAGAUACUUAGCUUUUUUAACGUAGAUGUUUAACACUUUUGUCAAAUGGGCCAUUUCCAAGCCUCUUUUUGAAAUUCAUGUAUUCAUCAUUUCACUGAAAGCCGCAUUAUUGAAAUAAAGUACCGGGUUUAUCAAUUGACUUCUUAGGAUUUGGGAAAAUUUUGCUGCUCUACUGAAUCUUCUUCAAGUGACGCAUUCUCCUCUGCCUGAGAGAACUGGUAAGGACUGAAAGAAACCUCUUCUCUCGUAACUCGAACCAGCUGUUCCUAUAUUACUCAUCCUGUUCUCUUCCCAGUAUGAUUCUUUAACGAUUUCAUUACAUAUUAUGGGAGUCAUUAGAAAUUUCUUGAACAAAUGAAGGAAAAUCGGUUUCUUAAUGUGUGCUCCAAAGUGCAGGCUUUUACUGCGAGGGUCUCCUGGUUACUGAUCAUAGGGGAAGCUAAGAUAUGGAAUACUGUACUUUCAAAAUUGAAUCCCAAUAGGCUGCUUAAUUGAUCGAAGGUUUUUUCAUACCGAAAUCGUAAACACGAAACGCUCCAAAGAACAGUGGGACGCUCUCAACUGAAAGAAGCUCUAUCGUUUCGAUUUCUUUUGCAUGAAGAGUUUUGCGUUCUUUUUCUUUUUUAAAAGAGGAAGAUUUUUUGUGUUUUCUUGUUUGCUAAUGGUUAAAUAAGCUCUAUUUUCGUCGUGGUUAAAGGUUAGGGUUAGGGUCAGGCCUCAAAUCCGAUUCAUGAUUUUCCCGGCUACGUUAGACUUAAUUAACUUAAGUAACAAUAACUUCGCAUCUUUAUUAUUUUAGGGUGUUAAAGAACUUAGUGUCUUUAUUGAUCUGAUCACCGACAAUUUUAUGUAAUAGAUAUUCCCCUUCAUGAAGACUGGGAGCUUCAAAGUUUUCUGCCUCUUAGAGUCAGUCAGAGGUAUGUGAGACUGAGACAACUGAGCUUGAUGCUGUUUGUUUGAUUGAUGUAUUUUUCAUAGACGUUCUCCUUGUGCCGUGGAGACUUUUCAUGCGCGUUUUCCGGUUUCGGUCACUACGACGGCGACGGCAAGCAACCUAGCACACGCGAGAAGAAGACCUCUGGUGGCCAGGGUAUCUUGCGACGUCGUGGUGGUUGUCAAAUCUCUCUGUGGCGUAAUUUCUCUCGUUUUCUGUUGUUUUUACAGGAAGCUUACGUAUAGCAUGAAGAGGACCCGGCCCGAUGAUGAAUCUGCUCACAGAGUUAGCAGGCUUGUUAGGUUUGGAAAUCGUCUGGCGAACAACGCUCCUUGGUAAGCUAAGUUUCCACAGAUAAGAAAUUAAAAGAUGGAAAUUCUUUUGUCAUAUUAGGGCCAUUUUUGUAGGGGCGAGGUAAAGACGCGUCUUACUAAAUGGGGAAAAUAUCAAUUGAAAAAACUUGCUCGUGAGCACAGAGUGGUUGUCGACGGAAAAGGCAACUCGAAUAAAACUUCUGAAGGAGAAACGGUAGUCUGUCCUCCAGAUGUUUUCCCUUCUUUUUCCUUUCGAGGAAUUCGACCUGCGCGCUAGCGAGCUCCUGAAGCACGCCAACGAGUCAGUAAUUCUCCUGCAGACUAGGUGAACGAUGAUGGUGUUAUUGUUCAGGACCGCCUUUUCUGCAAGGCCAGCCCAGCCACUCGAAACUCUAGCCGUUUCCAAUGCCUUCCACAUCAGCGCGCAAGAAGAAUGGGGUACAAGUGAGACUGCCUGCUCGUGCGCUAUACUCGUUGUUCCAAGCUACUGAACUGACCUUGCUGCGGUUCCACGAAUUGGAUACCAUCCUUCAGCUUGUCACUAAAUUGUCGUUUUCAUUUUCAGUAUCUUGGCUAAAGUGGAAGAUCUUGCGACUGGUCUAUCAAACUUUUCUUUGAAGAUAAACACUUCCUCGCCCAUUGAAGAGGUAAUUUCGUAAUUUUGUUACCCGUUAUCUCGCUUUUUUUCUUCCCCAAGGUUAAAAAAAUAAGUGCAGUAAUUAUUUUCGCAUUAAUGUUAGUUACCAAAGAAAUAUCCUUUUUCAAGGCUUGAACGGGAUUUGAACGAAAACCUUCUCGAAAACCUAGACCAUUUUUGGACAUUCUGACUCCCUAGCGACAAUCACUUGAGUUCAUUUCUUUCGUUCUCAUCUAUGAUAUGAUAUCAUAGGCAAAGUUUGUUUUUGUUCUGCUUUGCUUGUUUGGUUUCUAUGGCUACAGUAUAAUGCAGUGUCCUUCUCACACUAUCAUUUUUGUUUUCACGGUGGUUUGAAUAACCAACCAUACAACUUGUUAGGGUGUCAUGCUACCGUUUUUGAAAAGUGCAUUGCAAAUUUUAGUUUUUUUUCUCUGUAGGUCUCAUCUCAAGAGGAGAAGUUUCCCAAGUCACCUCAAGACAUCGAUUUAGAAUCGGCAGGACAAAAGUUACUGGCUUCUUUACCUACCCUGAACAAGGUAAAGCCGGCGGGGGUGUGUUUGUGUUUCUCCGGACUUGCUUAUCCUGGGUUAGUUUUAUCGCAGUAAAGCUUGUGGAGCCGAGCAUUUCAGUUCCGGAAUAGAAACAACUUCUUCAAACUGAAAAUAACACAGGGUUACAUUUCUAUCAGUCAGGAAACCUGGCCCCAUGAAGGUCUCAGAAACCUCUAGCCUCGGACGAGGCUUCGCUAUGGGAAAAAAAUGGCAAAAAACGGAGUGAAAAGGCAUACAAAAUUCGGCGAGCUCACCCUUUUCCCUUCCCAGACCACCGCUUGGCUCGCUUUUUUUUUUUUUUUUCCCCAACUGUGGAGUCUGGUCCCAGGCUAUGAAACCUCUAACUAUUGGCCUUUCAAAACACGCCUGCUAGUAGUUUUUAGGGCUUUGGACACUCUUGUAUCCUUCAUCUAUUGUCUCGUUAGCAGAUAAGCCAUUUUUUAGGUUUUUCCUCAGUUCCCUGGCCUUUGAAUAGAAGCGAGGCCGAAGGCGACCUUGUUUUGUUAAAAACCUCCUUUUUUCACAUGUAUAUGAUCAUGUUCAUGGAUUGUGAAAUUAUCCCUCUACAAUGUAAGAGGUCUCAUCAUUUAUUUUUUCCAGGCUACACCAGUAGGAACCCCAUUUGCUGAAACUAGGUAAGUGCCUCGUAACGAAAGUUAUGCAUCAUUCGCUGAUAGUGCAAAUGUCCUUCCUUACUUUCACAACAGAGGAAAACAGAAAGAUGCAGACAAUUAGUCACGGUUUUACAGCACUACAUCGGUAUGACUACAAGCACUAAGCUUAAAAGGCGCGAUGUAAACGCCCGUCAUUGUCAGCUCAAAAUAGGUCAAGCUUGAGAUUUCUCAGUUCUUUUGCAACCUGCAGGGAUCAUCUUAAUCGUUCAUAUUUUUUUCUGUAGUUUUCUGUUUUAAAUUUGAUUUACUGAAUGUAUGCAUGUUUCAUAAAUUUUUUUUCAGCAAAUAUGUUGAAUUUUAGAAGUCGAAACCCUACGUUUCUCUGUUUAAGGCGGCUUUCCAACAGGCGCACCAUCCAAUAAACAAACAGUUUUUACUUAAAAUUUAAGUUAGCGGCGAGAGGCGGUUUUACCGCUUAUUGGUUGAACAAGUGGGCCACGGGACAUUUUCUUACCUAAUAAGAAAGCGUAACAAUGCCACCAGCCCGCUCUUGAAAAUUGUUUGUAUUAACAUGGCGGUUUUUUGAUACACAGCUCCUUGUUCAAGGGUCCAUUAGAUGUUGGUCACACCCCAGUAGGACACGUUCCACCCUCCCCCUCCACUGUAGCUCAGUAUUCAUUGUUCCAAUCAGGAUGGAAUGUUUCCUUGACUUCUGCAGCUCUUGCCCAUCCAGGUACACUACACCUCCCUAGGAGUUACUUAUGCGGAGAUCCGAAGCGAAGUGGCUGGGAAUGACUCCUUCAUUAGGGAUAAAUUUAAUCACGAUGUCGCAUGCCUAGCAGAGCAUCAAGGCAGGGGAAAGGGGUUGCUAGCGGUACCCAAGGGUUUUAUGCAGAGGAAACCGGGUUAUACUACCGAUUCCAACACUGCCAUGGGAGACUUGCAAAACGAGGCUUAGCGCGAAAAUGAGUUUUAUUUGCAUGAGAACAAAAAGUCAUUUUCAUAUCAAUGGCUUCAUACUUAGCCUCGCUUUGAAACAGAGGCUUGAGGCAGAUGUCCACCAGGCUUAAGGCAACUGGAAAAUGACCUACGGCCUUCACUUUUCUUGCUAAUAGUACAGUAUCAUCUCUGGACGGACUGUCGUUCUUUGGUCUAAUCCUCUAAACGAUCUCAGUUAGCUGAGGCACUAACAAAGUAGUUGUCUUACAUGUACAAACUCUCCUUUGAGAGAUAAAAGACACCAGUUAGGAAGGGGUAAGCUAAGGAAGAAAUACUUUCUUGAAGUUAUGAGUCCGUCCACGGUUACAGAAUUAACGUGUGCAAUUCGCGCCAAUUUUAUCUUUGAGCCUUCUAAAUAUACGCUCUAUAAGUAACACGAAUAGCCUGUUAAUAUUUUUCCUGUGAAUCGUGAGAUCCUGCCAAGAUGGAAAAAAUUAAUCUUUUGUUCCCUGUAAUGUAUAGAAAAUUCAUCGGCAAGACCCGGUGGUAAGCCACCAAAUCACCGUGCGACCCCCACCGAUCAUUUGGCUAGUCCAGGAAGUAGCUCUGUGUUUCCACCUACCCUCCCUCCCCAACUGUUGAGAACCGCAGACCCACCAGCUUUGGAGCCAGUUUCCCUGCAGCUGGAAUGCAGCCCAACUAUCAUUCUCCCUCCCAGUCUCCAUUUGGUGGCUUUGGGUUCAGUGGUGGCUGGGGUGGUUCAGGGGUCUGGGCUCCCAAUUCGUCAACUCCCAGCGGUAGUGGAGGAACAAGUCCUGCUGGGAAUCACGGUCUACAGGUAACAAGGGAAUAAGUACAAGCUUUCGGCGCAACGGUUUCUGGGUUCGUUUGGGUGGCUAAGCGUUGGUUAUGAUUAGUUGAUGGUAGUCAGGGCAACCGUUAACCUAUCAUAAUAACGCUUGUCCUCCCAAACGAUCCCAGAAAUCAUUGCGCCGAAAGCUGGUACCUUUUUCCCUCAUAGUUUCUGGAAAGGGGAAUUCUAUCCGUAUUUUUACUUCUCUAAAUUUACCGUGGAUCUUUCCUUGCUUUAAGAGAGUUAUUCCCCAAGGGAGGGGGAUGACUGCCCUCUCGCAUUUAUGCGUUAUUGAUCAAGCCUGAGGUCAAGAUAGCUGGACAUUGGCCAAGUUCUUUUUUGCUGUUUUAUGGACCGAGACAAAGUCGGGAUCAAUGAGGAGGCCAAUGUCCAGCCAUCUUGACCGAACAAGCUGGUUAAUGAAGGAUUGAUUAUAUGGCCAAAAAGAGAACUUUUUUGCGGGACCAACGCAGGAAAUCCUAGCCUGAGAUCAGGUUCACAGUGGGGGAAAAACAAAAAAAAAAAUCGGCCAGGGACGGGAGCGGAGAGGAAGUCUGGGGAGGAAAAAGGGCGGUUUCCUCUUCCCCAGUCCACAGCUGGACUCGCUUUGCUCGCCAAUGUUUCACUCCGUUUUUGCCUUUUUCCCCACUGCGGAGCCUGGUCCCAGGCUAGAGAAAUCCCGUACCGAUAAUAUGGGUCCAUGUUGCCCGCCAAGGGAGCCAAUCAGAACACAAAAAAGGUCCACAUUAAGCAGUUCAGUUUGGGACAGGGUAAAUAUACUACUGAAUUUGGGUCUAGAAUAGAGUAUACUUUCGCAGAAAAAUGACCAAACUGUGUCAUACUUGGUUCAUUUGCGGUGUUGUUAACUUGCUCGUAAUCAAAGUGGACUCAAUCCCCCAAUGUGAAUGCAUGCAGAUCGAAGCCAAGUUGAAUUAUUCCUUUGUUUUUUAUUAAUGUGGUCCUGGCUUAUUUUAAAACAGUUAAUGUAUUUGGUUUUGGGUUGCAGUCCAUCUGGGGAUCAGACUUCGCCGCGUCUCCAUCCGAGGGUAUGUCACCUCUGCAGCAACUGUUACAGGAGCAGAAAAAACACCAACAGAAGGAUAGUUGAUAAACACAGCUGAUCAAUCUGGCAAGAAAAGCUGCUGAUAACUUCACUUUCCCUCGCAACAUGAUGUUGAGGACCUUAUCACGCAAGGGCUUACAACACCCCAACUCAACGGCAAAUUCACUGGUUUUGCUAGUUCUAGGCCAUUAGCCGCCUUGCGAAUGUAAGAAAGUCAAGAAUGCUUUUAUCUGUACCGGCAUCCGGUGCUGGGAAUCUAGUGGGCCCUUUAGACUACCUUUUCAGUCCAUGCCUUUUGUAGUGUUUGGCACAGAUGACUAGAAGACACCCUAGCCAAGAGGAGCAUUUUUCGUCAAGUUACACCGAAGUCUUGUAUUAUGACCACUUUAUCGUGGUCUCCACGCAGAAAGCUUCACAAACAAGAAAAAUGUUGAGGAGACGAAUUCUUUCAACAUUUUCUUUAUUAAAAGCACUGCCUAAUCGCUGGGUUCUUAGCACAUAUAUUGUCAAAGUUUCUUAAGCUUGAUAUGAGGCUUGUAUUAGUUUGUUACCACAUUUAACAUAUAAAUUAUCAAUAACGUUUAAUUUAAGCGCAAACUUUGAUUAACAGAACACAGGUUUCCAUCUUGAAAAUUCCAUUUUUCAUUGGGCCAUUCAUUGUUAACUUCAAGAAAUAUUUCUUUAUGGCAAGGCGUUUUUACGACAGAGCUGACGAUUAUUACAUCAUUUCUAGAUUUAUUUAAAGCACAAGAACGCCUUCUAUUUUGAAGACCUUGUCUUGCUUUAUUUGAGAUAUUAUUUCAGUUUGCAUUGUUAAUCCCUCCCAACAUUUAGGGAACUUUAACGUAUACCCUUUAUCACAUUUAUUCACGGUGUUUUUGUCUCAGUAAUUUGUUAUCGUUGUUA